UGAGGCCGCAACAUUGAUUGCUAGGACUCAAUCCAAUAUAUCUUAAAGUUCCUUGAGCCACGGAGCCUGAUAGCUCAGAUCCAACGUCCAACCUCAAUUGGAGACAAGAUGGGGCCUCCGCCAAAAUCUGUUGUCCCUAGCGGGCGAGGGCGUAAAUAUUGGCUCGACAAUCUUAGAACUGUCAUGACAACUAUUGUGAUCCUUAACCACACGGCAGCGGCAUACGGCGGCGGCGGAACCCAUCCCCACCCAGCAAGCUUCAAGAAGACAUCGCCGAUCUUGUUGCCCUAUGUCGCGUUCCAUUAUGCAUAUGGCCUGGGACAAUUCUUUUGGCUGUCCGGGAAUCUGACGGCCCAGUCGUUAUCGAAGGGUUCGUGGCGGGAAUUCGUGACGAGCAAGCUCUUAAGGCUAGGACUCCCGUCGCUGUUGUACUCUGUUUUUUUGGAGCCACUGAAGGAUAUCGCGCUGCGUCCUCGGUACGAAGGUGACAUACGCUCCAACCUCAGGGACUACUGGAAGGCGGUUACCGAGUUCAAGGGCUGGUUGAAGCCGGGGUCGGGAACUGUUUGGUACACCAUGACACUCCUUAUCCUCGACCUCUGCUCUGUCCUCUUCAGACGCUGCUUUCACCUCUUCAGCAAGGGGCAAGCAAGGUCAUUGGAAUUCUCGAAAUUGGCCAAGUUCUACGGAGUACUGUGUCGCUGGGGCUGGUUGGUGAUCGCCGGGUCCAGGUUCUUGAUUAGCACCAAGUGGCCCUUUGGCUAUGAGCUACCUGUAGUCAAUGUCUCACCAUACUACCUUCCGCAAUUUAUCUACGGCUAUGUGCUCGGACAGUUAGCCUAUCAUCUGGGAAAACCUCGGAUGACGAGCUUAUUUGACAAACGGUCCGGACCUUUCGGCAGGCUGUCCUUGAUCAAUGCCAGUGCCAUUUCUUUGGCAACGUUACCGAUUGUAUUCUUGCCCGGGUGGCUAAGGGCCAGGCGGGCCAACAAGGAGAACGAGAACAAGAAAGAUGCAGACUCGCUCACCGAAGUCUCAAGCUUUCCACAAUUGUCAGGCUGGACGCCGGAUGCCGCACUUUUCGCUCUCUGGAACGAAUUCACCUUCAAUACUGUUGGGCCCGCGUACAUGUCGCUCUGGGAGCAUGACUACAACAAACCCGAGAAGCGGAGGUUGUGGUCCCCUCGUUACGCGUACGCAGCAUACCUGCUUCACUCGCCAAUCUCUUGGUUCAUGGGGCAAGGCUUGCAUACUGUCAUGUGCCGGGGAGGUGAGAGACCAGCUUGGAUGGAUUCAGAAACAUGGCAGAACCUUGGACCCUUAUUCAUGACCACAACCGCAGGCUAUCUCGAAGUUGCGGCUUCGUUUGGAGCUGGAUUACUGUUGAUAGACUAUGUACCGGGUGCUGGGUCCAUCAUCUAGAUUCUCUACUCGCAACUUGGGUAUAAAGGCUUUUGCGGAUUAACUCUGGCUUCUAAUCACUAAAGUUCUUCUUACAUAAAUAUAAAUUGCUCUGGGAGAUAGUUGAUCAAUCACUUUAAAC